AUGAGAGCCAUGUUUCAUCUUUUGCUGCUCUUAGGGUUCUGCACUACUGGGAUAUGUUCCUCUCGUCAGUUUCACCUCAUCAACGAGAAUAAAACUUGGGCUGAAGCACAGAGAUACUGCAGAGAGAAUUAUGUUGACUUAGCCAGUAUUGAUAAUGCUAAAGAAGAGCUGGCUCUUAUUAAUAUGACAGAUAUCAGGAAUAGCACGAAAACCUGGCUUGGACUAUAUGAUGAUCUGAACAGCUGGAAAUGGUCUCUGGAUGAUGAUUCUUUCUACAAAGAUGGAGAGAAAAGCUUUAGAAACUGGUAUAUAGUGAAGCCAAGCAACUGGAAUGGGAAAAGAAGAAUAAAUGCCAGUGAAAGAUACAUCCUAGUUAAUGAGUUCAUGAACUGGACUGAAGCUCAAAGAUACUGCAGAGAACAUCACACUGAUCUGGCUAGUGUAAGAAGUGAAGCUGAGGACCAAAAGAUAAGACUGUUAUAUAAUACUUAUUAUUUUUAUAACUCUCUUUGGAUCGGCCUGUACAGAACCAGGUCUUGGUCGGAUAGAAGCAACUCUUCUUUUAGCUACUGGAAACCUGGACAGCCAGAUAAUUCUGAUCAGAAUGAAUACUGUACUGCUGUGUCUUUUAAUAUUACCGAUUCUGGGAAAUGGACAGAUGAAAACUGCAAUAAAACGAUUCCAUUCUUCUGCUAUACCAUGUCAUCAACAUCCUCCCGUGUGUAUUAUUUCGUUACCGAGAAUAAGACCUGGACUGAAGCACAGAGGUACUGCAGAGAGAAUUACACUGACCUGGCUACCAUUGAGAACAUGGCAGAAAUGAACGAGCUCCUUAAUGCAGUAAAUAAUAGCUACUCAGAUUUGGCCUGGAUUGGAUUAUAUGAUGAUCCGGACAGCUGGAGAUGGUCUUUGGAUGAUGAGGGAUUCUACAGUGAAGGAGAGAAGGUGUUCACUGGGUGGUACCAUGAACCUAAUAACUACAACGGAAAAGAGCUGUGUGUGUUUAUUCGUUCUGACGGGAAAUGGGCUGAUGGAGAUUGUAACAAUGAUAUGACUUUUAUUUGCUAUGACGGUGAGAAAAUAUCAAAAACUUGGGUAGGAUGA